AUGGCAGCCGCGGUAAAAGCACUCAAUGCGCGGAUACGCGCCAACAAGUACCUGGAUUACUUCUGCUCGACCCAUUUCUGGGGUCCGGCGAGUAACUUUGGUAUCCCGAUCGCGGCCGUUGCGGAUAUGAGUAAGGAUCCUGAGAUCAUCUCUGGCCGCAUGACCGCCGCCCUCUCGCUCUACUCCGCCGUCUUCAUGCGCUACGCGCUCGCAGUCUCUCCCAAAAACUACCUCCUCUUCGGCUGCCACUUCAUCAACUGCGCCAGCCAGCUCACGCAGGGUUACCGAUAUAUGCAGUACUGGAACUUUGGCGGCAGGGAGAUCGCGUUAAAGGCUAAGGAGGCGGCGGGCAAGGCCGAGGGGAUGGUCAAGGAGGGGGUUAAGAGUGCUGGGAAAUAAGCGGAGGAAGAGGGGAUGCGUGUGGGACGGCGAGUGGAGGAAAGGAUGUGGAAUGUUUGGGGAUGGAGGGGGGAUGGGAUUGUGGGUGGGGAUGCUGAGGAAAGGGACGGAUAGAGCAUGGGAGGGAUGUCUUCCUGAUCUUAUCUUCGGCGUAACACUGUACUUUCUACAUCUUUGACGCUCAGGCACAUAGGGAAUGGUUCUUCUGG